UAAACUCUGGCUAGGGUUUGCGGGAGAUGGACGAUGAUGGAGGCCUCAAUUUCGAUUUCGAGGGAGGAUUGGAUGCUGUCACGGCGGCGAGCGGCCAAGCGCCGCCUCCGCAGGCCAUGGGCGGCCUUGGAGGCGGCGCCGCGCAGGGGCAGGGGAUGUCGAUGGCGCCGCGCGGUCCGGUCAGGCGUAGCUUCAGGCAGACGGUGUGCCGGCACUGGCUGAGGGGAUUGUGCAUGAAAGGGAACGAUUGCGGCUUCCUCCACCAGUAUGACAAGUCGAGAAUGCCGCUGUGCCGAUUUUUUGCGAGGUUUGGGGAGUGUAGAGAGCCGGAUUGUAUCUACAAGCACAGCACCGAGGACAUCAAAGAAUGCAACAUGUACAAGCUUGGAUUCUGUCCCAAUGGACCAGAGUGUCGGUAUCGACACGAGAAGCUGCCCGGGCCGCCACCUCCAGUGGAGCAACACUUGUCAAAGUUCCGGUAUCAACCCCAUCAAAAGCAGCAGCAGCAACACAUGAAUUCGGACACGCCCCCUCUUCGUCCUCCGAUGAUGCAGCAACAAGGAGGCUACGAUCAUCAAAAUGGAGGACCCAAUGGAGGGAAGCCUCGAAAGAUGAUGUCGGCCUCGAACCCACUCCCGUAUGGCUUCUCGAGGUUUGCAGCUCAAAGCAGGUAUUUCAUAGUUAAGAGUAGCAAUCGAGAGAACCUUGAGCUGUCCGUUCGACGCGGGGUGUGGGCUACGCAUAGAAAUAACGAGGCAAAGCUCAACGAAGCUCUUGAAUCUUGUGAACAUGUGAUUCUUAUUUUCUCAGUUAAUGAAACUCGUCAUUUUCAAGGAUGUGCCAGGAUGAUGUCCAAAGCCGGAGGUGCUGCUCAUGGAACUGCGGGAUGGAAGCAAUCGCACGGGAUGGGCAGCUAUGGUCGAAACUUUCGUCUCAAGUGGCUCAAGUUGUGCGAGCUAUCCUUCCACAAGACGAGACACUUGCACAAUCCAUACAACGAGAAUCUCCCAGUCAAGAUAAGUCGAGACUGCCAAGAGGUCGAACCAUCUGUCGGACAAGAGCUUGCGGAGCUCCUCUAUCUGGAACUUGACAGCAAUCUCAUGGCUGUUGCGAACGAGUCUGAGGCCGAGCGCGAAGAAGCUCCUCCCGACGCUGAAGAACACCACGAGACGCUGGAGAUGGGACGUUUUGGAGCGCUGCCACCACCGUUUCCAGCCGCUUUCAUGGGAUAUGGACGACCACCGAUGUUUCUACCACCACUUCCACCAGCACCGCUGCUCCAGCAAAUGUGGAGGCCGAGCGAGAAAGAGGCGAGUGGUGAACUGAGCGAAGACGAGGCUCCUGGAAGGUCCGAAGAUGAAAACCGCAAGAGGAAGCGCAUAGACAAUUGAGUGAUCUCACCGAUAGUUUUAGCGACCAAGUCGACUUAACACCAUUUUGUCAACAAAAUCUUUUCUUUUUUC